UGGCCAAAGUCCAAACCCGCCAAGCAAACGGGUGUAUUAAUUCCGCUAAAAUUGAUUCUUACACCAAUCCAGAAGGCAAGAAUCACAUUCCUCUUAAUUGUAUUCCUCACGCUAUGCUAUUCUGCACUAUCACAACCACCACCACCAGCAGUUGAGAUCACACGGCAACGUAUAAAUUCGGCGGGAAGAGUUGCAUCCGAGAAUCUUGGGGCAGUUUCCUCGUUGUUGCGGUCUGCUUAAAGCGAGGAAUUGUUGCUUGAUUGGUUGUUCUGUUGAGUUGAAGUUGUUGUGUGUGUAUAUAUACGACUGCAGUUUCUCAAUGGGGAAGUGGAGAUGAGAUGGGAAAUCGGUUGUUUCGGUCUAGCAAGGGCAGCAGUAGUGAUAGCAGCGUGGUUGCAGGGAGAGGUGCGAGUUCGAGAAUUCCUGGUCCGACGAGAUCAAUUUCAUAUUCGGUUAUCAAUAAACCGCUGGAUGGACUGCCGCAGAGAAAUUGGAAUCAUCCUUCUUCUACGGCUAAUUACAGUGACACCAAGAACACUACAGGGAGUGCAGGAGGCAUGACUUCCGCUAGCAGCGGUGUCGAUAAGAAGAAAAAGUACGGAUUCAUCCCCGAUAAUUUCACGUCUGUCGACCAGGUCACUGCGGCCUUAAGAGAAUCUGGUCUAGAGUCAUCAAAUCUAAUUCUUGGAAUUGAUUUUACUAAAAGUAAUGAAUGGACAGGCAAAGUUUCAUUCAGCAACCGUAGCCUGCACGCAGUUGGUAAUACACCUAAUCCAUAUGAAAAGGCUAUAUCCAUCAUCGGGAAGACUUUGGCCCCAUUUGAUGAAGAUAAUUUGAUUCCUUGUUUUGGGUUUGGUGAUGCUACUACACAUGAUCAGGAAGUGUUUAGCUUUCACAGCGACCACUCCCCUUGCAAUGGCUUUGAAGAGGUUUUGGCCUGCUACAGACGAAUAGUUCCAAAUUUACGAUUAUCCGGGCCAACAUCUUAUGGUCCGGUAGUGGAUGCUGCAGUAGAUAUAGUGGAGAGAAGUGGAGGACAAUACUAUGUUUUGGUGAUCAUAGCUGAUGGCCAGGUUACAAGAAGUGUCAAUACGAGUGAUGCAGAACUCAGCCCGCAAGAAGAGAAAACAAUAAACUCUAUAGUCAAUGCUAGUUUGUAUCCUCUCUCAAUUAUUCUUGUUGGAGUUGGUGAUGGACCCUGGGAAGAUAUGAAAAAAUUUGAUGACAAGAUCCCUGCUCGUGACUUAGACAAUUUUCAGUUUGUUAAUUUUACUGAUAUCAUGUCCAAGCACACAUCAUCUUCUGCAAAAGAGGCUGCUUUUGCUCUUGCUGCAUUGAUGGAGAUACCCAUCCAGUAUAGAGCGGCUAAAGAAUUUGGUCUGCUAGGACGAGUGACUGGUAAAGCAAAGAAAAUAGUUCCUAGGCCACCUCCAGUACCAUAUGCUCGCCAAGCAGGAUUUCCAUCCCGAGAACCCAGCAGCGUCUCAGCAGCUAUGCAAGACGAGCGACAUCAGGUCUGUCCAGUUUGCUUAAUCAAUGGGAAAGACAUGGCCUUUGGCUGUGGACACAUGACUUGCAGAGAAUGCAGCCCAAGAUUGUCCGAGUGUCCUAUUUGUCGGCAACGUAUCACAAGUCGGCUCAGGCUAUAUACUUGAUGUUUACUUUAAAGGUGACCACUUCCUAUAAAAGUGCGGCGCAUGUACAGUAAAGAAUGUGUUGACUUUCCUCUCGGUUUCCUGUUUCCUUUUCCUUUUUUAGUGAUGAAUGUGAUGAUUUGUGUAUUUAGAUGUUGUCUAAGGUACUAACAACUAAGUUGUCUUCGCGCACCUUAUACAUGGGGACUUGUACUAAAUGUAAAUAUCGUAUGCUUGCUUUAAGAUUUUGUCCCAUAACCUUAUAUAUGGGUACUUGUACUAUAUGUAAAUAUUGUACGCUUGCUUUAAAUUU